AUAGAAAAAAAUAAAAAGUUGGACAGGCGUUCAGGCGAACGGUGCUAGUGCACGGAGAUGAGGCGGGUUUUUUUUUUUUUACUUUUUUAAUAAGUGAGGAGCUCAAACGUUCUUUUAGACAAGAAAAUAAGCAUUUAUAAAUAUUAUCGGUGUGCUUGAAGAGAAGAGGCGUCUCUAGGACUAAAGUUAGUUCAGCAUGGUGGAGCUGCGAGUGUGUGCUGAAGAUCACCUCUCUCUCUCUCUCUCUCUCUCUGGAGAGCAGGACUUCUUGGUGAAGACUAAACUCGGGUGAGGGCGCUCAGGUGUUCUCAGGCUCCAUCAUGCACAACAGCUCUGAUGACGCUGUUGUCGUUUCCGGGCCUGUUCUGCAACGCCUGAUGCAGGAAAACCUGCGGAACGGAAACGGAGUCAGUCCAGACAUCCAGGCCAUGGCGUCUCCUAGCAACCCUGUGCCCACAGAGACUCUGCUCCCAGAGACGCAGCCCCGACAGGAGCCACAGGGUCAGGAGCACCAGGUAGACAGCAGCUCCAUGGAAAAGAAUGCCAAAGAAGCGCAAAACACAGCAAGCGUUCAGGUGAAUCUCACCGUCCCUGGGCUUGGAGCUUUAGAGCUUCCAUCAUAUGAGGAGGCUAAAUCCCAGUCUCAGCUUUACAGAGGUCAGCAGGGUCAGAAUGAAGAGCUGAACGUGGCCUGCACGCACAUGCAUGUUCAUCACACGGGUAACACACUUACAAAUCCAGCCCACACAUAUACAGGUGUAAAGAACAGUAACCACCUGCUCAGCAGUCCAAAUCCAGGCCAUAACCCACAAACUCAGAUCAAUUUACACCCAAACCAGCACAUCCCCACCAGCACCAGCUCAUGUCCUCCGUCUCUCUCCUCUGCUCCCUCACUUUCUUCCUUUGCUCGUGCUGAAGGUCGUGCGUGGGUCCAGCGGGGGUGUACAGGAGUGGACGAAGGCUUAGCCGGGCUCGAACAGGGCCAUGUCCGCUCCCUCAGCGAGCGCAUCAUGCAGCUCAGUUUGGAGAGAAACGGAGCCAAGCAGCCCAGAGAGAUGUCUCCUAACGGCGAAGAACGAAUGGAAGUGAUGCCUUCUUCCCCGUCUGGCAAAACCACCAUGCCUUCAUCAUCUAAAGGUUCUCUAGAGCCUCGAGGUCCUCCUCCUGAAUAUCCUUACAAAGCCAAAGCUCAGCCAGCAUACUCAUCCAGUACAAGCCCUGGUCCAAUAACACUAGAACAAUCCCCGCUCUCCAUCGAAGCUCCUCUGGGACAGAUCUCCAGUCUAAUUCCACCUGUCGUACCACAGACUGGAUGGGGCACACGUUUGCCUCCACAGGGACAGAUUGUACCUGCUGAGGCGUUUUCCAUGAUGAGCCACGCUCAGCACAUGAUGACUCUCGUCAGCGAUGAAAACCAGAGACUCAGACAGGAGCUGCUGAUCCAGACAGAGAAAACUGGUAAACUACAACGGUUGGAGGCUGAAGUCCAACGUCUCUCAGAUGCUUACGAGAACCUGGUAAGAAGCUCAUCCAAGCGCGAGACUCUAGACAAAACCAUGAAGAUGAAACUGGAGGGGGAAAUCAGACGCCUGCAUGACUUCAACCGAGACCUGAGAGAUCGGUUGGAAACAGCCAAUCGCAAACUGGCAAACCAGGAUGCAGAAGGGCAGGAGGACAGCCAUGUUUUCCUCUCAGAGAGAAGAGAGAGUGUAAAGGAGAUGGAGAGGCUGGAGAUGGAGGCGGAAUCUCUUCGUUCAGCCAAUGAAGAUCAGCGACGUCAUAUCGAGAUUUUAGAACAGGCUCUGAACAACGCUCAGAGCAAAGUGGUCAGGCUGGAGGAGGAGUUGGGGAGGAAGUGUGUGUAUGUGGAGCGUGUGGAGCGUCUUCAGCAGGCUCUGGCACAGCUUCAGGCUGCCUGUGAGAAACGAGAGCAGCUGGAGAAACGCCUGAGGACACGACUAGAGAGAGAGCUGGAGACACUGAGAUCCCAACAGCGUGCUGGUGUAGGUGUGUGUGAGUCCAGCGCCCCAGCUCUGCUGGAUCUGUUGAGAGAGAGAGAGGAGAGGAUUCUAGGAUUGGAGGCAGACAGGAUGCGCUGGGAACAGAAAUAUUUAGAGGAGAGUGCAAUGAGGCAGUUUGCAAUGGAGGCAGCGGCUACGGCGGCUGCACAGAGGGACACAACCAUUAUGCAGCAUUCUCGCAGUGGCAGCUACAGUGAUGCUUGUCUCUGGCCUCAUGAUGGAGACGAUAAAACAUACAACCUCCGCUGUCAGGACAUAGAGAGCAGGAUGAAAGAUCUCCAUGCGCAGCUGUUGGAGAAAAUCGCAAUGAUUAAAGUAUUGCAGCAUCGUUCACGCCGAGACUCCGCCCCUCUGCGCCCUGCCCGUUCCGUCCCCUCUAUUGCUGUAGCGACGGGUGUGCACUCCCGCCAGGCCUCACAGACUGAAAGUGUGCUGAUGGGAAAAGAGAACGCUGAACACCUUCCUCUGUCACUGCCCUCCUUCUCAGCCUCUCUAUCAUCCCUCGUUCCAUCUCUUUCCUCCUCUCUCUCUCCCUCCUUCACUCCUCUGUCCGUCUCCACCCUCCCUCUCCCGUCGGUAAUGUCCGCCUCCUCUCUUCCUCUCUGCUCCUCAUCUUCCUCACUCCUCUUGUCCUCCUCAGCCACUCUUCCCCUUCCCUCCUCCUCGCUCUCUCACUCCCUUCCUCCACUGCCCCCCACCAUCUCCUCCUCUCUUCCUUCCACUCCUCUUCUGUCUCUCCAUUCUAAAUCAGCCAGCAGAGACAGUGGCACACAAACAGGAAGGAGUCCAGAGAGUGUCAGAAUCACGCCCCCUACAGGCCGAGGGAGAACAGCAAGGAUGGACUGCCCAACCACUCAGGUGAAGUCUCCUGAGAGUCGAGUUCUCCACACGGUGGGGCAGAAGAUCAGACCGGCCGACUCAGACCUUGUGGAGAUUCUGAUCUAACACACAUCUACAGAUAGAGCACAGUCUCAUCACUGGAGGAGAGAGACAGACAGACAGGCACAGAGACAGACAGACAGGUAGAGAAACAGGUCGAGGCUCGGCUGCACCAGUUGUGUAUGUGUAAGUGCUGCUUGUAGAAAGGUUUGUGUUUAUAUUAUAUUUUUAUCACUAUAUUGUGUAUAACAGCACUUCUGUUUGCCCCGUUUACCCCAGCUGGAGUCACUCAUGCAGGAUUGCGGUGUCACCAGAGGCACCAGUGAUCUCUGCUACUUCCUUUCAAGCUUUAUUUUUCUUCGUAGGAUACACACGUUUUUUCAGAAUUAACCAGAAUUUCACGAAAACCAAAUUUAUUGUGUAAAUGCCCUUUACUCCUGAUUUAUGAAUAAAUUGUUCAUAUCCAGCUUGAUAAACGAGGCCCAACGUGUGCAUUUAGUUUCUGGCCAAAACGUUCCUUUCAGUAAGGAUUUCAGAGCGUGUGGUGCAGCCGUGUCUGGGUCACGCUGAGGGACAGAACGAAAGUGUUACUAAUGAAACCAAGAAGGAAAAGAAAGUUCAGAGUGGAGAACAGGUCGAAGAGGUGAAUGAGUUUAAUGCAGUGUAUAAAAGAGUGUGAAUCCGAAGGGCAAAAGCAAGUGUGUGAGUCAGUGGAGCUUCUCUCUGGUUAACGAUGUGUCCGUUUCAGACACUUGACCUCUUCUGUAGCUCUUCUAUACAUUUACCUGAAAAACAAAUUGCUGUUAUUUCUGUUAUUUUGCUGAGAUAAAUUUUUGUUCCUUUCAUGUAAACCAUGAUAAAAAGUUUGAGGUGUUUAUUGUGGUUUGGAAGUGUAAUAUCUCACACUGAAGCUCUGAGAUGGUCAUGUGGUUCCUCAUGAGGCAAUAAAACGGUGCCUUAAUGCUACACACACACACAGGGUUUUACCUACACUCUCACACUCCUUCUCAUCUCCGCCUGUGUGUUACUACCACCUUCUGGCCACAUAAUAAUAAUAAUAAUAAUAAUAUUUAACAGGAUAUAUAAAACAAUUUAGAGCUAAACAAGUAAAAUGUUAUUUGUAAAUGUUUAGAUUAGGAUUGUGUAUAAUCAUGUUUUAGUUGAUUACUCAGUUUAUUACUCUAUUUAAAUGAACGUUUCAUUCUGGCCAAAUUUUGUUUAUUAUGUAUGAACACUGACUGAACAAUUUGUGAUCAAAUUAUAUGAAAAUUUUACACAUCAUUAAAAUGCAGGUUGAAAGUUUUGGGUCAUUUUCAGAGUAAUGUGUGUAUAAUAAACCAGUGUAACCUUUAAAAAAAGUACAGGAUUAAAUCUCUGUUGUCCUUUGGUUUUGUUUGUAUUGUGCCAAACACUAGUUAAUGUGUAAUUAAUGUGUACGUUCUUGCCCCUGCAUGGACAGGUGCAUUAUGGGAUGUCAUGAUCAUCACACAUUGACUAUUAACAGAACAGAACGGAGCUCCACGCGCAGGCCGGAUGGAGAGGACCGUUAGAAACGAGGCGGUGAAGUCGUUAUUCCCACACGCUGUCUGAAUCAGAGGUGUCGAGGGCCAGAUGGUGGAGUGUAACAGGACAUAAAAGGGCGAGUGCCGUCUCAGGCAGUGGGCAUGUCUGCUUUACAUCCCCCAGGGAACGGGGUAUUUUUACUUGGACCUCCAUUUUCUCCCAAGAGACACUGAACCUAUUAUUCAGUUUGGUUUGGCCCCAAACCACACGCCUGUAAAAGGUCCUCCUGAUGCUUUGACCUAAAUUAUCCUGAAGCAGAGUGUGUGUGAGAAUCACACAAGUGCGUGUGAACCUUAGCAGCAAAGUCCAACAAAACACCCUGCAUCAAAUUUAUGUACAGAUAAACUUUAAAGCUUAUGAGUGCAUAAGUAUUCACCCACUAAGUUAUCUCUGGAACAGAGUUGACUUGUGUGUAAUUAAAGUGUCACAUGAUAAAUACACUCAUAUACUCGAUAUAAAUAAACCUGUUCCUGGAGGAACCCACAGUUUGUUAGAGAACCUAAACACAUAGCAUCAUGAAGACCAAGGAGCAACCAAAACAACGUUUUGGACAAGUCCAGGACAGGUUUGGGUUGGAAAAAGAAAUGCCAAGCUUUGAACAUCCUGCAGGGUGACAUUAAACCCAUUAUUAAAAAUGGAGAUAAUACAACACAACUACAGCUGAGAGGCCAAGGAUAACUCUUUAAGGAAGGAACUGGAGAGGAACACAGCUCAGAAAACACUGCUGAUCACUGAAGCAUGGUGGUGGUAGCAUCAGUACAUUAAUGGCAUUUAGCAGACACUUACCCAGAGUGAUGUACAACAUACCCAGACAAGUCUGGGGAGCGGGUGGGGGUUAGGUGGCAUACUCAAGUGUGCUUCAGCCAUUCCUGCUGGUCCAGGGAAUCAAACCUGUGACCUUUUGGUCCCAAAGCUGCUUCUCUAAACUUUAGGCCAUGGCUUCCCCCAUGUUGAGAAUUAUGAUGCUCUAAAAAUUUGCACAUCAUGUCCUGACAGUCUUAUGUGACUAGCAUUAUCUAGCUUAGCUAGCUGGUUAGUUAACUGCGAGUCACGCGAGUGGGACUGAUUUACCUCACAUUUAUUUCAUGGCAUCACAAACUGGGCUCAUGUUGAGUUCGGAAGGAGUUUAAAAUUAAUGCUGCCAAUUUAUCAAGUCCUUCUGGCACACCGAUCACUCUGUAGGUAUAUAAUUACUGACUGUAGCCUGUCUGGUGUUGUGCACAAAGUAUUGGCACCCCCUCUAGCCUGUCCAUCAUUAGAAAGGGAGCACAUAAGAUUUGAGUGAUGGUUUAUUCUCAGUACAGCUCGGAUGCUGACACAGUUGUGUGUUUGCUGUCAGUGAGUGGAGCAGCUACAGCAGUUAUGUCAUACAAUUAAUUGCCCGUUAUUGCAUUGUAUUAAUCUCUGAACAUGAAUGUGUCGUUGCAAUCCGUCUGGCUUUACUGAACAUCUGCCAUAAAUGAGACAUUUUCAAAGCCGCACCUGCCAUUUACACACUCCCUACCCUGAGUAACACACACACACACACACACUUUCUCUCCAUUGUACACCUGCCUCCCACUUCCUUGUCUCCUCCUGCAGGCACGAGGUCACUCCCCCUUUCACGCUCAUUAGCCUUAGAUCAAUGUGCCCUUUUGUCUGUGCGAGUUUCCCACGUUCUGCUCGCACGCCUGGCACUUGCACAGCACAAAUCAAACACAGGCAGCUGAGCUUGGGUUUAAUUCCUCGCAGGCUUGAUUCUGAAGGGACAUCUGCCCCACUCGCAUCUGCUCACUGUUUCAUUGUGGAAGAAUGAAGGAGCAAAGUUGACCCCAAAGCAGCUAAAGCUGUGGUCUCCAACAGUCCUUCUGAUUAGAAUGGCUGUGUCCCAAAUCAGAAUGACGUACUGCAUGCUACAGGCUAAAUGCUUAUUCUCAUGCUGCACUUAGUACUAAGUGUGAAUCAGUGCUCAGACUGUCACGGUAUAUUGUUAUACCAAUAUAUCAUCCAAUUCUUACAUAUUUUCAAAAUGACUGUUCUUCAUACUGUAUGUUCUGAAAAUAAAGUCCGGUAACCAUUUAGUAAUCAGUUCUCUGCCCUUAAUAAUUUUCUUUCCACUUGACUCACCACAGCUACCAAUCUGAAAUGAUGAAGGCCAACGAGCGCUUCCUCUUUGAUGCGAAUCUAACCUCAGUGUAACCUUGUUCCAUGAGCAUACAGACCUUCUGAUUGGCUAGAGUUGGUUUGAUUGACAGGAGAGAUGAAGGUUGUCCCGCCCACCCAGACAUCAGGAUUUGCUCAGACUCCCAGCCCCAUGCACCUGUCACAAAGCAGAUCAGUGAAACUGCAGCUUCAAUCAAGGAUGGGGGGGGGGAGUACAGACAUCUGUCCCGUGUGUGAGAGAGAGAGAGAGAGAGAGAGAUCUUGUUGACACUUGUUGCAUAUUGAUUUCUGUUCUGACUAUGAAUGUGAAGAAGAGAGAGAAAAUGAGAAGAGAGGAAAAAGAGGAAUACAAAGAAAAAAAGAGAGGAAUCAAGAGUAAAAGAAAAAGAAGAGAGUGAGAAAUGAACCAGAUAAAAGAAGAAAGGGGGAAAAGGAAUGAGUGAGGAAGACAAAUAUGGAGGAAAAGAGAGGAAGAUGGGAGAGAGACACCAUUAAAUUUUAGAAGGAGAGAGAGAGAGCUGGGGCGGCACGGUGGUGUAGUGGUUAGCGCUGUCUCCUCACAGCAAGAAGGUCCAGGUUCGAGCCCCGUGGCCGGCGAGGGCCUUUCUGUGCGGAGUUUGCAUGUUCUCCCCGUGUCCGCGUGGGUUUCC